CCUAGUUUACUGGUUGCCGACUGCCAUUAAAACUCGGGAAGAAGAAGAACAGGAAGCGGAAGCAGAAAGCAACCCGCCAUUGACGCGAACUUGCAACGUGAGCGUAUCGUUUAAGUGCACUCUAUUAAACAGGUGCAGUUUUUUUAUAUAUAUAUACCUACUCCUGGUAUUUUGCUGGAGCGAUGGCAUAUAGAGGACAAGGACAGAAGGUCCAGAAGGUUAUGGUGCAGCCCAUUAACCUUAUUUUCAGGUACCUACAAAACCGCUCCCGGAUCCAGGUCUGGCUGUAUGAACAGGUGAACAUGCGGAUAGAGGGCUGCAUUAUUGGUUUUGAUGAGUACAUGAACCUGGUUCUAGAUGAUUCAGAGGAAGUCCACAUGAAGACGAAGAACAGAAAGCCACUAGGGAGGAUCAUGUUGAAAGGAGACAACAUCACCUUGCUGCAGAGUGUGUCCAACUAGAGCAAUGGAGAUGCCUGCAAAUCUGACCUUUACCUAGAAAGAGUAUGUUUGUGUUUAUAUAACAUGGAUAUUCUAAUUGUUUCUUU